AUGAACCAGACCAAACCAAUGUCGUCCCCUGACCACAAAGCUGCGUCACCGGAGUCUUCCAACGAAGAGCAGCAAGGCACAGUCAGACCCGUAACACGAACGAAUGCAUCAUCUUUUGCCGCCCCGACCAGGGCGUCCGAGGCGAAGAAGAACGAGAAGAUUGAACUUGCUCAGUAUGGGAAGAGGUCGGUGUCGACGAAGGAACCGUCUUCGAGGCCGGGCAGUGCGAUGCGGCAGUAUUCGUCUCCUGGGUUUGGUAGUAGACCACAGAGUCGUCAGCGGGUGGGGGGUGGUACGCCCACGCAGGAUAGGGAUGAUGGUGAGGUAGAUGAUGUUGAUGACGAUGUUGACAUUGAUGAGGAGAACGCAGAUGACGACGAGGCACACAUCAAUGAUGACGACUCUAGUCAGUUUGAUAGCGAUGUGGAACACGAGAGAUGCGCAGAGGAAGAAGAAGAAGAAGAAGAAGAAGAAGAAGAAGAAGAAGAAGAAGAAGAAGAAGAAGAAGAAGAAGAAGAAGAAGAAGAAGAAGAAGAAGAAGAAGAAGAAGAAGAAGAAGAAGAAGAAGAAGAAGAAGAAGAAGAAGAAGAAGAAGAAGCACCGCCUAUCCUAGAAGGGGAAGGGCUGGAAGGAAAGCCGCUAGAGAAGGAGGAUCUAGGAGAAAAUAAGCCAGAAGAGGAAGAGCUCGAGAAGCAAGCACUAGAGCAAGUAUCAGAGCCCGAAGAAGAGCUGACCGUACGGGAACAGGAGCAAUCGUAUGACUUGGAAGAUCUCUUAGCCCAGGAAGAGCCACAGGAGCACCAUGUUGAGAACUCCAGUCCUGAUGUUCAGCCAUCACAAGAGCGGGAACCAGCUUUGACGCAAGAUGAUAUGGCUGCAGUGUCACAAGAAGAUCAUUUCGAGAAUGUGGAAAGCGAGGCCGCCGCACCUCAAGACCAGAUUAAAAGCGUAUCGCCCCAUGGUAAGGAGGAAAAACCCGUCGUUCCGCCCGAGAUCGUUGCAGAGAUACAAGAGCUCCAAAUCAAACGCCAGAAAGUGGAAGAAGAGCGCGAUGAGGCGAUGAGACAGCGUGAAACCGUACUACAAGAGUUGCAAACCGUUAAAGAAGAAGCGACGAACCUGAAGCAAGAGUACGAGAAGCUAUCUGUCCAACUUCGCGAGAGCGAAGCCAAGAUUGCAGCGCGCAACGCACGUGAGCCUGGAUUACCUCCUCUUGAAGAGGUGGAAGCGGAGAACAAAAAGCUCCGAGCAUCAGUCGAGCGGACACGGUUGGAACUCCAGGCGAAGAAAACAGAGGCAGAAGAUGCGACUGCUGCCUGCAAGUCAUUUGAUGACUCACUGAGGGAAGUGGAUGAAAAGCUAAAGAACAACCAGGAGUCUAUCCGCACACUCUGCGAAGUUGUCAACCAAGUGGCCGAAAACUUGCCACGGAUCUCGAAAUGCGAGGCCAAAGAGCUCGAUGCAGUUUUCUUGAGUCUUUCGCAAGAUGAUGAGACUGGAAAAUUGCGAGGUGAAUUCCUAAAACUGAUCAAAAACUUCAAUGGGAACUCUAAAGAGUUGAGGGAGCAGAUCGAAGAUUUGAAUCGUGAGCUAGCGGAGAAAGAAUACGAGAUUAAUAGUUUGGGAAAGACCAUCGAAAUCGAGAGGAAGGGGUUGUUGAGCCCCGGUCUACCAAGUCCGCAUCCCAUGCAAACGGGAAAGAAUGAAUGGGAACAGUACUACGAACGAGAAAAAAAGAAGCGCCGUGAUGCAGAGUUGGAGCUCGCCAAAGCGAAGAAACAGCUGUUACAACUCCAGCCCGAGAAUGAAAGACUACAGUCAGACCUUACCAAAGCGGAAGAAGAGCUCGCAGAGCUUCGGCCAAAAAACGACCGGUUGGAAAUGGAGGCCAAGACCUGGAAGGAAGAACUAGAAGAAAACAAGGCUCAAUUCGAACAAUGCAGCCUCGCAUUCGAAGCGAAUAUGUCCGAGCAACAGCUGGAGCACUUCCGAUACAUCCGAGACUACUACCAAAAGGUCAAAGACCAUGCCCACUGGGAAGUCCAGGGCCUCCAACAGAAGCUCUCAGUAGCAGACCAAGUAAAGGAGGCACUCAAACGAGACUAUAAGCGCGAACAGGUCGUCAACACGCGCUUAGAGGACGCGGUGAUUAGACUGAGGAAGAGCGUUAAAGCCCGGGAUAUCCAUAUCGGAAAGACAGAACAGGCAUUCAUGCGCGAAGCACCGUUUCCUAUCCGUUCACCUAGUACCUCCGGUAGCCGCACACCUGAUAGCGAUACCUCAUCGUCCACUUCACCUUCUUCGAUCUCAGAUUGGACUCAUCCGCUCGAACGUAUAAAGAGGCCUCCGCUCAUCCCCCGCUGCCACCUCCCCGCCGCGAUCCAAGCGCGCGAAGCCAGACUAGAUACCUAUAAACGAGAACUUGAGGAAGCGCGAGAGGUGGAAAUCUUCAAGGCCAGUGUCAAACCACGCGGAUCGACAGCCAGGGGUGGAACUAUCGCGACCGAUAUCAUGGACCAAGUGCGGAAAUCCGGCAUGGGGUCUUUGUAUCCGGUUGAAAAGACGGGGUGGGCGGAUUCGAGCUGGAAAAGUGCGUGGGUGCGGUGGGAUGGGGAUUACUGGGCGAGGGAGUUUGCGAAGGGGAAUCAAGUAGACUUUUUGAAGAAGGUGGGGGUUUGGCGGGAGGAUUGGAAUUAG